GUUGUAUUUAAAUAUGAGUAUUUGUCAUUUUAUAUGGAAUAUUGUAUUUUAUUAAAUAUGAAGGCAGACUGAAUGUAAAUUUUUUCCAAAUAUAUUUAUAUCUAUUUAAUUUUUUUCAUAUUUCUACAUAUUUUGUUAAACAAACAUGAUUCCACUGAUCGAACAUCACACUUCGGUUUGGCAAGGUCGACCAGUACUUUUGCUUCCCCUUCCGGUCUGGUUUGAUUUGCCCCCAAAAAGUUCGCUUUAGUUCCUUUCCGUCUACCUCUAGCUGUUUGUUUUUUUUUUUUUUUUUUUUUUUUUGUGAAUUUAGAUUGUUAUUUUAAAACCCUAGACGAGAGAAGUGGAGAUUAGAGAAGCGAAGCGAAGAGGAUCCGAAGAGAGUACGAAGGUCUGCGUCCUUUCCCCUUAUCCGCGACAGUCAAUUGACUCAUCUUCCCUUUAUCUCCCUACUGUUAGAUCCAUCAUCUUCUACAGGAUCCUAGAUACUCAGUUGCAAUUCUGUAGAGGUACCAAAUCGUUUCUCCUCUUGGAUUUCUUGUUCGAUUUUGGGUGUCCGCUACCGCCUUGGUCCGAUUGUUGUGGCGUCGGCUGUCGCACUUUGGUUUCAUUUCAGUGAUUUUUAGGGGUUUUACGCGGUCAGCCUUUUCUCAGGGCAAUGGGUGGCCGACGGAUGAUAGUAUUGAAGAAGGUUUAGGUUUUGCUAUGGUUUCAUGUUUUACCGGCUCUUUUGAUUAGGAAAAGACGGAUUUGCUAGAGUUUCAUACUUUGAACCCGAGAAAGAAAAGUUUAAGAAUAGAGAAUUUUGGUGUUAUGGACUGGUUGUUGCUGCUAGAGUGAUAAUUUCUUACCCUGUGGCUUUUGUUCGAAUGUUGCUUGGUAAUGGUUAGUUUGGCUCUCACUGGUGCUAUUUUAAGUUUCAUUUUCAAAGUCUGUCUUGUUUGGAUGUCUGAGAGUUGGCAUUGGAUGCUAAUCAAAGUCUUCUGCUUUCUCCCUUCAUUCUGGAUACUCCAAACGAUUCUUUAUGAUGCUAAUCUUUCAUCCUUGAUGUGCUGAUGGUUCUUGUCGGCUUAUAAAACGAAGUUAAAAUUGAUUCAGGAGUGGAACAAUUACUGUGGAAGCUGUUAACAGAGGAUGAGCACUCAGGCUCAGGGGCCUAGGGGAAUUCACUCCUUGAGGCAUGGAAAGAGAAAGCAUGUGCCUGACUUGAAUGUUGUCCCAUGUGAGAACCGGGACCAGGUGGGAACUUCAGCUCAAACUGCAACGAGUCAAGUUCAAGAAGGCCAGCAAGUGCCUUCCGUAGCCCCAACCAUUGAUGUUGAGGCUCUUGAUGAUGAUGUUAUUGAAUCCUCACCAGGGGCUUUUGCUGAAGCCAAGAACAAUGCCCGCAGAACUCGAGCGAUGACUGUUUAUGAUGUGGAGUCAGGACAACCAACGACUGUGACACCUUGUAUACGAGACAAGCGUAGAAGAGUUCCAAUAAUUAACUGUGAUUUGAUUAACUUGGAAAGCAGCGGUUGCUCCACGAAGGACAAGGUGGAGCCACCUGCAGUGCCAGCGCCACCACCCCCGGAACCAAUCUUUAACUGUCCAAUCUGUAUGGCUCCAUUUGUUGAGGAGACAUCAACUAAAUGUGGACACAUAUUCUGUAAGAAAUGUAUCAAGCCUGCCAUUGCUCGUCAGCCCAAAUGCCCUACUUGUAGGAAAAAAAUCACUGCUAAAGAUCUUAUUCGGGUGUUCCUUCCAUCAACCGGUUGAUUCUGGUAUCUAGAUGUGCAAUAGCUGUGUAAGUUUCCUUUAUUCUCUGGGUCUUGAUACUAGCUUCUACAAUGUUGAUUUUGAAGUUUUUAUUUUGAGUUAAAAUUCAUGUGCUUAUGAGUACAUAAACAAAAAAUUUAGUGGUGGUAAGAUGCUAGAUGAAAUGUUGGAAGUAGGUGUAUUGAUGCAGAGUUUGUAUGGGGCCUUCAAAAUGGCAGCAAGUCAUGGAAAAGCACAUCUGGGUGUCGCGAAGAAAUCGAUAAUUGAACUAUGUCAUUUCUUGCGAUCUUACACUCGCACUUCCGUUAUUGAAUAUAAGUUCGGCGUUAUUCCUCAUUUAAGUUACUUUAUUUCCUUCCAUUUGUAACAGGGUUAGUUGAGAUAGCUUUGAGAUGGAUCGGUUGAAGGAGACAACAGCUGUAGCAUAGCUGAUGCAAAUUGUUUUUUUGUUUUCUCUGUUCUAAAUUUUGGAUUGGUAUCAGUACAAGUAGUAUAUCUAACAUGUGAAAUUGAACAGGUUUGCCAUGUAUUCAUGAAUUGGCGAUCUGUUUUUAUUCAGUCCUUGAACUUGUGAGCAGCCUAUGUUGCCUUGGUGUUUCACCGUUAGGUGGUGUAUAGUUAUUGGAAUUUGGAUGGACUGAAUGCAGUUUAACCUAUUGAAAGGUUCUAGCUUCUAUUGGUUUGAGAUUAGAAUAUGCGGGUGCAAAUAUGGAUGCGUUGGGUCGUUUGGAUUAGAGAUUUCAGGGGUUAAUGGUUGGUGACUGAGAUUACAAAAAACGUACGACUUUGGUCACUCAAAAUAUUUAAAUUUAUUGGUGGUAUUAAAUAUUUGAGAUUAGAAUAUGCGGGUGCAAAUAUGGAUGCGUUGGGGUCGUUUGGAUUAGAGAUUUCAGGGGUUAAUUGCAUGGUUGGUUACUGAGAUUACAAAAAACGUACGACUUUGGUCACUCAAAAUAUUUAAAUUCAUUGGUGGUAUUUCAGUUCAUUGAAACAGUUUACGUUUGGUCACUCUUUGUCUAACUUCUUUAACUUUUACUGAUGUGGCAGUCAAUUCUCAAAGUAGACCGUUAAUUUAGUGACUUGAUAAUUAAGAAAUAAUAAAUAAAAUAAAAUUUAUUCUAUUUUAAUAUCCAACUCAUUCUUACCGUAAAAUAAAUAAAUAAAAUAAAAAUUAUUAUAAUUAUCGAAUAAUUUAAUCUAUGUUAAACCGUAUAUAAACCCUUUGACCUUCAUUUUCCCCUCCAAAACCAAAUCCAUCCAGAAGGAAAAGACUUCCUCUCUUUUUCACUCCCCCAUCCCUCCUAAAGGUUGGGAACAAGACGAAUAUGCCAAGGAAUGGCCAUAGGAAUGGGCGCAUCAUGACAUCUUACGAUGUCUCGCCCGAAUGAAUUAGUUGGUAUGUCAUCUUAGCAAGUGAUACCUUUUUGUUUUCGGCCAUAAAGAGGAAAUGAAUAAUGAGAGGAGCAAUAACCCCCUUAUCAGUCCAGCAGGGACUCUUUUCCCAUGGUUUUCUCUAAAGAUGCAAUUGACCAACCCGCCAUCUCUUUCCUUCAAUAAUGCCUCCCGUAUUCC